CAUGUAAACACAGAACAAGAAGAGCGCCGAAUAGCUGCAAUGUCUAGCUAGCAACCAAUGUACAAGGAGCAGGAUUUCAAACGAGAAUAAUCGUGUGCGACUAUGAUCGAUAACGUAGAAAAUUGCAACUCUGGUUCGUUAGGCAACAUUGAUGGCGACAAAUGCUGUCGAGACAUGCAUGCAUUGGUGAAUCUGAUUCCAGAUCAAGCGUGUAUAUAGGGGAUGCACGUACGUACGUGCCUUCCAUCACAGCAUCGGCAUUGAUUUCGAUUCCAAGCUUCCAACACAACACAACACAACACAAGCCCAAAAUGUUGCAGUCCAAGCCAGUUCUGGUGCUCCUCCUGCUCGCCGCCUCCACGGUGGCGACCGUCGGCAAGCCUCUGCUCACCAAGGUAACCAAGGGCGGCGCCUCCACGGCGCUCUACACGGCGCCCCUCAGCGCCGGCCGCCCACUGGUCUUUGACCUCUCCGCGCCGGCCAUCACGACGCCGUGCAGCGGGCAGACGACGACCGUGACGCUCUCGGCCAACUCCACCGACGGCAGCAACCCGCUGUCCCCGGUCUCAUUCGCCGCCACCGCCACCUGCGCGGCGGCACCCUCAGGCUCCGUCGGCGUCGCGGGGCUCGCUCGCUCAGGCUCCUCGUUCCCGGCCCAGGUAUCCAGCACGCAGAAGGUGUCCAACUCGUUCGCGCUCUGCCUUCCAAGCGACGGCGUGGGCGCGGCCAUCUUCGGCGGCGGCCCGUUCUUCCUCGCGCCCCCGGCGGACCGGCCAGCCAUCACCACGCUGCUCUCCGACGGCGUCCCGCUCCGCCAGCCCUUCGCCGGGAACCCCGGAUACUUCGUGUCGGCGACCAACGGCAUCGCCAUCGACGGUACGCGCGUGGCCGUGUCCGGCUCCGGCGCGCUCGUGGUCGGCCUCUCGAGCACGACCCCCUACGCGCAGCUCCGCAGCGACGUGUACCGCCCCUUCAUCACGGCCUUCGACCGCGCCAUGGGAUCCAGCGCGAAGGUCGCGGCGGUGGCGCCGUUCGAGCUGUGCUACGACUCGUCCAAGCUGUCGCCGACGCUGUCGGGCUACUCCGUGCCGCAGGUGGACGUGAUGCUGGAGGGCGGGACGAACUUCACGGUGGUGGGGGGGAACUCCAUGGCGCAGGUGAACAGCGGCACGGCGUGCUUCGCGUUCGUCCAGUCUGGCAGCACGGGCGCGACGCCGGCGGUGGUGAUCGGCGGGUUCCAGAUGGAGAACAAGCUGGUGGUGCUCGACAACGACAAGAAGACGCUCAGCUUCACCCCGUACCUCCCGGCCAGGGGAUUCUCCUGCAGCAACUUCAACUUUACCAGGGCGGGAUAGUGAUCCACAAUUUCAUGAUAAUUUGUAGUGUUGGAAUAAAAUAAAUAAAUUCACUGGAAUAUUAAUUAAGGACAGCGAUAGCUUCCAAACUUUCGGCA